CUCUCUCUCUCUCUCUCUCUCUCUCUCUAAGAAAAACAUACCCACUCUCUCGCUCUAGGCUUUGAUGAGAGUGAGCUAUGGAGAAGCAGGAUCACUUGAUGAAGAUGGAGGGCAAUACUAGAUCCUCAUCAUUUCACGAAACUACAGCAGACUAUAGCUACCCAUUUUCAGGCAUGUUUGAUUUCUCUCAAGGCGAUCAGAAGGACUCGUUAGGGUUUAUGGAGCUUUUGGGUAUCCAGGACUACUUUUGUCCUGCUAAUUCCCUCUUUGAUUUGCCACAGAUCAGUGUACCACCACCACAAGUACUACUGCCGACCACUUCCAUUACUGAUGUGGCAAAAGAGUACUCUGUCAAUCCUUCUACGCCAAACUCCUCAUCGAUUUCAUCCGCUUCAAGUGAAGCUGUGAACGAGGAACCACUCACUGAUAACAAAGCUGCUGCUCUGCAGCAGGAAGAAGAUGAUGAUGGCGACCAACCAGUGCCCAAGAAAGGGUCGAAAGCGAAUCAGAAGAGGAAGAAGACAACUGAGAAGAAACCAAGACAGCCAAGAUUCGCCUUCAUGACAAAGAGCGAGGUUGAUCAUCUGGAAGAUGGAUACAGAUGGAGAAAGUACGGCCAAAAAGCCGUCAAAAACAGCCCUUUCCCCAGGAGCUACUUUCGGUGCACCAGUGCCUCAUGUAAUGUGAAGAAGCGAGUGGAGCGAUGCGUCAAUGAUCCAAGCAUCGUUGUGACGACCUAUGAAGGCCAACAUACUCAUCUAAGUCCUCUUAUGAGCCCUCCUCCUCCACCAGCUACUGCACUGAGUAGCAUUCUCAUGCCAAGAACCCUAUUCUCCCACUAUCAACAGCAACAAGGACUGCAGCCAUUUGAGGGUAAUCAGACCAGCAAUUCGUGUUUCGCGACACCAAACCGGAGUUUUCUUAACGAGAGGCGGUUUUGCAGCCCCGCUGGAGGUUCAGCUCUCAUGACAGACCAUGGCCUUCUUCAAGACAUAGUCCCCUCCAGUAUGUUGAAGCAAGUAGAUAGAUAGAAAAUGUAGAUUUUUAUCAUGAUCAGGAAUUCCCAUUUCAUUAUUACUACUUUAUUAAUGUACUAAUUUAACUUCCUGACUUUGUUUAAGAUCGAUCGAGGUGCAGCUGGUACUACUGGUAUAUAUAAUUUUGUUCUUGAGCUUGAUAUAUGGGAUGGUCUUUUUAAUCC